AUGGCGAACGAGCUCACCUCCGCCAUGACCGCCCGGUCGCUCCGCACCGUCCGCAACGAGCUCGAGUUCCUGGUCGACACCUCUGUCAUUACUUCUUCUCAGCUUACCUCCAUUCUUGCGCAUCUGCCCAACGAGGGCGAUGCUCGCGCGGCCGCGGCUCGCCAGCAGCCCCGACAGACCUCACCACUACACCCUCAGCCCUCGCCUAUGCCCGUUCAGCCCGUUCAGCCCGUUCAGCCUCCGUACUCGCCUCCUACUGCACAGAUGUCCAAUGCUUCACUGAACGAGAAAGCUCAAAUGCAUAACCAAUAUGCCUCCCCACCUCCGCAGGCCCCGCCGGCUUACCCCCAGGUCCCGCCGAUCCUUGGUCUCGCCACGGCCUUGUAUGCCUAUACCCCUACCGAUCCAGGCGACUUGGCGUUGAUGCCGAAUGAUCGCGUUCAAGUCAUUGAGCACAUGAAUGAGGACUGGUGGCGCGGUCGCAAUGAGCGUACCGGCAUGGAGGGUAUUUUCCCCAGAGCCUACGUCAACGUUCUUGAAGAGAAGGGGCCUGGAGCCGUCCCUCCUCGAUCUAACUACGGCAACAUGCCUCUGGAUGUUAGCCAAAGUGGAUCUGCCGCGACCCCGACCGACCCGGCCCAAAAGAGCAAAUUUGAGGAGGGUGGUAAGAAGUUCGGCAAGAAGCUGGGCAAUGCUGCGAUCUUCGGUGCCGGUGCUACUGUUGGCUCCAACAUCGUGAACAGCAUUUUCUAA